AUGGACAAAGUACAGGCCUUUGGGAAGAACAUCAGUGCGUCGUUUACCCCUUUCGCCGCCCGCACCCAGCAAUAUGUAAAGGAACAACUUGGACAGGUGGAAGAGAAGACACAACUUCCCGAUGACUAUAUCCAACUCGAGAAGCGCGUGGAUGCGUUGAAGCUAGUACAUCAGAAGCUCUUGCAGGUUACCUCCCAAUACUCGCAUGAAGCAUAUGAUUACCCUCCCAAUAUCCGGGAGUCCUUCAAUGACCUUGGCCGCACAAUCAGCGAGAAAGUCCAACUUCUCUCCCAUGCCACCUCCCCGGCUGAGGCCCAGGCUGCCCUCACGGCUCCCCCAUCCGCCAAACCACAGCCCAAAACUCUCAGCCAUGCCAUCGCCCGUGCCUCGUUGGCCGGCUCUCAUCUAAUCUCCCAGGCCCAUUCUGGUGGUUCAGAGGACCCUCUUGCCAUCGGCUUGGAGAAAUAUGCACUUGCCUCAGAACGGGUUGGCGAGGCACGACUGACCCAGGAUGCUCAGAUCCAGAGCCGGUUCCUGGCCGGGUGGAAUACCACGCUGAACACCAACUUGAUGUUCGCAGCCAAGGCCCGCAAGAACGUUGAGAAUGCGAGGUUGAUGCUUGAUUCGAUUAAGGCCAGCAAGGGUGUCUCGAAGGGAGAUUUGAACCACCUCAGUGAAGAAGAUCGGGCUGAGAUUGAGCAGGCGGAAGAUGAGUUUGUUGGCCAAACUGAAGAGGCUGUCGGAGUGAUGAAGAAUGUUUUGGAUACACCCGAACCCCUCCGGAAUUUGGCCGACCUGAUCGCCGCUCAGUUGGAGUAUCACAAGAAGUCAUACGAGAUCCUCAGCGAACUUGCGCCAGUGGUCGACGGGUUGCAAGUUGAACAAGAGGUUCGUGAUUAG